AUGUGCCAAUCCUUGACCCUCCCAUGCUUGCCAGAAAAAGUCGACGUGCAACAUGUGGCCGUCAAACCCACGGAGAUCGGGAAGGACACCAAGCAAGCCUUUUUGGACUGGGUCGAGUCUUUGAGGCCGAAGACGGUGGUGGUGAAGCGCCCAAAGGAGCUUUAUGCCUUCGACCUGGGGGUGGAAGAGGGCGACGGGAAGGGCAUCAAGAAGGGCUCGGGACCAAAAGUCAGCAAGGGACUCUGA